GCUAAAGGUGUCCAUGACCACCCCAGGCCAGAGAGUAAAUUAGAGGCAGAGGCGAGACGAAGCGCAAUAAAGAAGCACACUUCCUCCUAUCAUCAUUCCCAGAAAAAGAGACCUCUAAACUCAGAGGCAGGAAGGUACCAUGACAGCAGUGGUUACACCAAUAACCUACAGAAUUUUCCCUGCAUGGAUGGCCAAGAAAGAGCUGGUAUAAUCACAGACACCAAUUUUUCAAUUCCAGACCAGUCUUAUCCUUCACUGCAGAACACAGACCUCUACAAAGCACCUUAUGACUCAGCCAGCUUCCAAGAGGACCAGCUAUCGUCAUACCCUAAGUGCCCAAAUCCAAGGAUCUACAUGCCCAGGCCAUGCAGCUACGAGUUUGGAGUUCCUACCUUUAUAAGCUCCAGCCCUUACCCAAUGUUAUACAAAGAUCUGACCAGCCCUGCCACUGACGCAGACCCCCUCAGUCUGAGCGGGUCUCACUACAGCACUGUGACUACCCACGAUAAGAGCUUUGAUAACCCUGGCAGACAUUACGGACUGAAACCAGCCUGGGGGAAAACUGGCAGCGGAGACCAGGGUGACUACGGACAGAUGCAAACAAGCGCUAACCACGCUUACUGCAGUGGGGACUAUCCCUGCAGGUACAGUCCCAGCCCCGCUCCCAUAGCCCCGCCGUUGCAGACGGUCAUCACCACCACCACCAAGGUGUCCUACCAGGCGUACAAGCCUCCUGCACUGAAAUACAGUGACAACCUCUGCGACGUGAAGAACCUCCAGAGCUACACCCACGUGGCAGAAAACGUCUCUGGUGCUGUCUAUUCGGGGAUGAAGAUUCAGGAAGACUUUGGGAUGGUAAAGUCAGCGCUGCUCUACCAGCAUGACUCCAUCCCCAUGAAGCCCAAACCAGCUGAGAGCAUGGAGAGCUAUCGGUAUGGGUUCCUCCUGGGCAACGGCUAUGCUGAGCACGAAGGUCAGACCUUAAGGUUUGAGAGUGCUGAAUAUUGA